AUGGCAGACCCAUCCUCGCGUGCCUCAGCGCCAGAUCUUGAUAUACUAGGUGAUCAAGUCACCCUCCAUCCUAGCGGCUAUCUUGAGCCUCCUGUACAACAACCAGAGAGUGACCGAGAGCAGAACUUGGUCGAGAAUACAGCAAGAUUUCGAUCUAGUCCCUUGGAAUUUCUCCGCGAAGUUUCUCUCCAUGUUUCUGGAACAGGAUGGCGAGCGUACGACAACUACAUUGGCCAACCCAUCUACUAUCCAGGCUUCUCGGAAAAAAUGAUAGCUACGGUCCUAUCUACUCCAAUCCUACAAUCAAAAAUUUCGGAAUUAGCUGAUAAUCGGAUCGCAGUAGAGGAGAAAGAAGGCUUAUUUGUACGGGAUAAUCCUCAUUAUGCAGCAAAAAAGUCACAGCGUAAGGAAUUGAUUGAAAGAAAUCUUCUUGAGCUUUGUGAAAAACUCACAGGAGAUAUGAUAUGUAAAAUGGAGAGCAAAACUUUUAUCAGAGGCGCUUACUACGUGAGCUCUCAACUCUUGACUAAAGCUUACCAUCAAGGUAUUCAUGUAUCUAGUGAGGAGGUUAUACGACUUCGACAAGUUGCCGAAAAAGCUCAGAAGGAUAAACACAGCAUAAUAUUCCUACCUUGUCAUCGCUCGCACGUAGAUUACGUUUCCCUUCAACUUAUAUGCUACCGCCUAGGACUCGGUCUUCCCACCGUUGUUGCCGGCGACAACUUGAACUUUCCUGGAGUAGGAAGCUUUCUUCAACAUGCCGGGGCCAUGUGGAUUCGAAGGAGAUUCAAAGAUGACGUUCUUUACUCUACCCUUGUGCAGUCAUACAUCGAUACCCUUCUCCACGGCGGCUAUAACUUUGAGUGUUUCAUCGAAGGAGGUCGAUCGCGAACAGGAAAGCUGCUUCCUCCGAAAUUUGGCAUUCUUAACUUUGUUCUGGACAGUAUUCUCUCGGGACGUGUCGAUGACGCUAUUAUAUGCCCUGUUAGCACGCAAUAUGACAAGGUCAUUGAGACCGAAGGCUACGUAACAGAGCUUCUGGGCGUGCCCAAGAAAAAGGAAAGUCUUACCAAUUUUCUCUCCGCCACCUCAGUGCUAUCAUUAAAGCUAGGGAGAGUGGAUUGUAGAUUUCAUAAACCCUGGAGCUUGAAGGGGUUUAUUCAACAACAACAGGCUCGAAAAACCGGAAUUCCGAAGCCAAUAAAUUUUUCGAACGAAACAAACUCGGUCGCCCGACAAAAGCUGUUGCGGACCUUAGGAUAUAAAGUGCUUUCAGACAUAAACGCCGUGUCUGUAGUUAUGCCUACUGCUCUAAUCGGUACAGUACUACUUACACUGAGGGGACGUGGUGUCGGGCAGACGGAACUUAUUCGCCGAGUUGAGUGGCUUGGUGAAAGAGUAAGAUCCAAGGGCGGUCGAGUAGCGCAUUUCGGUAAUGCGCCAACAUCGACUGUAAUUGAGCGCGGUCUCAAUGUGCUGGGGAAAGAUCUGAUCGGUAUAGUAGAGGGACUACCUGAACCAACCUUUUACGCAGUCGACCGCUUUCAGCUCUCAUUCUAUCGCAACAUGACUAUUCAUCUUUUUAUAACGGAAGCUUUAGUCAGUGUAAGUAUGUACAUGCGAAUAAAACAAGGUGGCGGUCCUGAAAAUCAGAAAAUUAGCUAUGAAGAGCUUCGAGGCCAAACUCUUUUCCUAUCUCAAUUGUUUCGAGGUGAAUUCAUUUAUCCGACGAAGGGCUUCAAUACAAAUCUUGAGAAUGCAUUGAAAGCCUUAGAAACAGAUCAGGUUAUAAUCUCAGAACGCGAUCCAAGCGGUGAAAUCGUCGCAGUUAACCUAGCGGACGCAGAAAGAAACGCAGGUCGGGAAAAUUUCGACUUUUACUGUUUCUUGUUAUGGCCCUUUGUAGAGGCAUUUUGGCUAGGUGCUGUUAGUCUAAUGGCAAUGACUCCCCCAUUAAAUCACCAAGGCGACACCUGGCUUGAUAUAAAAAAGUGUCAAGAUAGUGCUCAAUGGCUCGGAAAAACUUUAUAUCACCAAGGUGACUUAUCAUACUUUGAAGCCGUUAAUCGAGAAACCCUCAAAAACUCAUGGGCUCAGUUUGAAGAUGAAGGUUUAAUUAUUGUAUCUUCUGGAACUGGCGCCAGAGCGCAACAGAAGGUAAAGCUAGCUCCGGAUUGGAAACCUCGGCGAGAUCCUGAGACGGGCCUUCUCGACGCGGAUGGCCGGCUAUGGAACUUUAUUGAGAAAAUAGCUCUAUCUCGGCGAGAAGGAAAAAACAGACGUGACGGGGCUACCGUUUCAACGCGGGUUUUAAGGCAUAUCGAGAAGGUUGGAGGGCGUUUAUUUGGCGAACGGGAUUGGGCAACGAAAGAAAAUCACAAAAAUAAAAUGAUGGAACGAACCAAAAUACAGAACAAGGCGCUUUUGUGA